AUGUCAUGCUGUCCGCUCGCGCACCAUCGGGCCCAGCUGCAAGCGCGGCGCCGCGGCGGUGGCGCCGGCGGGGGAGACGGGGACUGGGCGGGCCUGCAGGGCGACGUGGACGCUUUGGUGGACUAUGUGGACAGCCUGGCAGCAAAGCGCGCACAGCACGCGUGGCACACGGAGCGGAACGGCCUGCUAGCCAAGCUGGGCGAGCUGGAGGCGCGAGCCGCCACCCAAGAGCGGGAGCUCUCGCAGCUGCGACACCUCUUGCCGGCCGCCGACGCAAACGCUGCCGCAGCCGGAGGCGGCGGCGGCGCGGCGCCGCAAUCGGCGGCUGCUGUGCUGGCUAGGGAGCUGGAGGUUCAACGGGCAGACGCGGCCGGGUGGCGGGGGCGCUGCCAGGCGGAGCAGCGGCUGCGGCUGCUGGCUGAGGGCGCUGUGGCCGACGUGUUGGGCGUGAUCGACGAGCUGUUGCUGCACUGCGACGGCAUCUCCGCCAAGCUCGCUGCGCUGGACGCGGCCUCCGGGGCGGCGGCCGCCAAGGGGCGCGCGUGGCAGCGGCGGCGGUCGGAGCCGGGGGGGCGCUCGCUGGUGUCUGAGGCCGCGCUGGUGCUGCUGCUCGUCGGCUGCGCGGUCGCGGUGGCGAUUGUGGUCACCCGGCAGGUGCCGCUGACGCGCCUAGCUGCGUCGCCGGCGUCGGGUUGA